UUAAAAAAAGAGAGUAAAGUUAAGUAGGUAUGUUUGAUAUUGAUGCCAAAAUAGAGAAAAUGAGUGAAAAUUCGGUGCAAGAUCUAGGGGACUAAGACCCAAAUAAACCGCAAAGAUUGAAAUCGAGGAGUAACUUUGGAAAACACAAGCACUCGCAAAUACAGAUACAACACACAAACAAUCUCUUCCCCUUUCUUCGGUUCUUCUUUCUCUUUCGCUUUUUCUAAGUUGAACACAUCUUAGUUACCGAGUUACCCAAAAUCCAUGAAUCCUCAGGAAUCAAAUUGCUGAAAACUAUUAUGGUUUUUCUUUGAUUGGGAAUUGGGAUGUUCAGACAACAUCAACGAAAAUCAACAACUGAUAAACCAAUAAUGCUCAAUAGGAAUACUUGUAUGGAAGGCAAGUUUUUUGUCCCUUUUGUUCUUUUUUUCAUUUAUGUUUCCUUAAUUUUUGAUGGGUUUUUUGUAAACUGUGCCACCCCUCCUUUACUUGAAAAUCAGUUUCUUCCUCAUAAAGAUAGUUGUAAUAAUCUUGAAAAUGGUGACCCUUUGCUAUUUAAUCAACACCAAGCUCAAAUUGAUAAGCUAGAACAACUUGUAAAAAAUCUGAGUGAGUUAGUGGCUAGAUUGGAAUCUAAACUUGAUGAACCGAAUAAAAUCGUAAAGAAUAUCAUUGACAAGGGUGAUAGAUCAAGUUAUACUGUGGGUAGAGAUAAUAUCGGCAUUCAAGAUGGUAAGCCAGCUGAUGCUCAAAUUAAUCCACUGAAAACCAGUUCUGGUUCAAUUACCAAGUACAAUCCAUUUUGGUCUGAGAAAUUCCAGUUUAUGUCUGCUAUCAACUUGGAUUCAGUUGCUACAAGUGUUAAUAUUUUGCCCUUUAGGGAUUAUGAAGGCAUGAGCAAGUAUAUUGCGGUUGGUGAUGAUCGAGGUCGAGUAUAUGUGUUCUUGAGAAAUGGGGAUGUUUUGGUUGAGUUUUAUACUUCGUCUGAAUUUCCCAUUACCUCUACGCUGUCAUAUAUGUCAGCUUAUAUGAAUGAGAGUGUGCUAGUUACAGGCCAUAGUAAUGGGGUUAUUUUAGCUCAUAGGAUCUGGGAGACUUCAGUUUCUGAGGAUCUAAGCUCCCUUCACAUGGAGAAUCUUGUCGUUUUGGAUAAUGGGGAACUUGGGUCUCCAAUCUCAAUGUUAGAAGUUCAUCAGGUUGCUAGAUCUAGAUACAUUCUAUCUGUGGAAGAGAAGGGUAAAAUUAAGGUUUUUAGGGAGAAUGGUACCCUCUAUGGGCUGGCUGUGCCCACAAGUCGUCCCUUAGCUUUCCUAAAACAACGCCUUUUGUUCUUGAUGGAGAGAGGUGCAGGAUCUUUGGACUUGAGGACUAUGAAGAUUAGGGAGACUGAAUGUGAAGGUCUAAAUGAUUCAGUAGUGAAAAAUUAUGUUUUUGAUGCUACUGAGCGAUCAAAGGCUUAUGGGUUUACAUCGUCUGGCGAUUUGAUUCAUCUAUUACUUCUAGGUGAUGUUUCCAACUUUAAAUGUAGGGUCAGAUCCAGGAAACGGUUUGACAUGGAUGAGCCUCUUGCGUUUCAGGCAAUCAAGGGAUACUUACUAAUCGUUGGCAGAGAAAAGAUUUAUGUGUACAAUGUUUCAACUCAGCACUACAUUAGAUCAGGUGCUCCACGUCUUACUUUUUCUGCAGGUAUAGAGGAGAUCAAAUCAUCAUUUUUACCCGGCCAGACGAUGAAUGAGAACAGUGAGACGGAUAAGGCAAUACCGCUAAUUGCUAGCGACCGAGAAAAGCUUGUUAUUCUUGGUCUUGGCGGAGGAUAUGUAGGAAUGUAUCGUUCACAACUACCGAUUUUCAGAGCAGAGUCCAACACAGUGCUCUGGACAAGUCCUGUGCUGUUCUUCAUUCUUUUCCUGUUUGGAGCAUGGCAGUUCUUUGCAAAGAAGAAGGAAGUCCUUACCUCUUGGGGGCCAGAUGAUCCAUUUAACUCGAGUUCAGUCACGAAUAGAGCUGGAGCCCCAUUAGGAUCUGGGUCAGGAGAACGAUCUUUUGCUGAUUCAUCAACAAGAAAUCCCGACAUGAUGGAUUUGAGGAACAACGGUUUAAGAGGUGCACCAAGAAGGUAUACUUCUCCUUCUCGAUAUCCUGGUGGUGCAGGCAGUUCCUUUAGGCCAAGUACUGUGGACAGCAGCUCCAGACCGUCAUCUGUUGAUCCUAAUUACCGAGCAACCUCAGAGAUCAAAUUCAGGGGUUCUAAUCUUGACUCUGCCUUUCCAAAACGAAGAGAAAAUAUGUUUGUGAAUAGUCAGGGUUUGGAUGAUGGGAACUGACUUAUGAAUUAAACAUCGACCUCCUGGUGUCACUGAGUUUUGUUUCAUAUUCUCGUUUAUUUGUCUACCGCAAUAUUGUUCAUAUGCAGUCUAUAUUUGAGCUUCUACCUUAUUUGUAAUCCCGAGUUUUUCCUGUGGUGAAGAAAGUACUAAUGCAGGAGUUUAAUUUAGUUUUUCUCUUUCCAAAUGUAUCUUCAAAAGUUUUGUUUAUCAUCGCUGUCUUUGGAUGACUUCACCAAUACUUUACUUCUUAGGGCUCGCCUAGAGUCAUGGGAAAAA